GGGUGGGGGGGAAGCAGGAGCUGAGGGCAUCUGAGCGAGGGUACAGCAGAACGGGGAACAAGAGCUGGGCGCCUGGAGCUGGGGCAGGGUGCAGCAGUCACAGCUGGGGCGCAGGGAGGCAGCAGCCACUGAGAGGACCUGAGCUGCAGUUGGCGGAGUGGUUUGCUGCUCCUAGCCUGAGUGGCAAGCAGAGAGAGGGUGAAUUCUGUAUUGUUGUGCUUCACCUCUGACUAUGCAAUUCUGAGACACCCCUGGGGCAAGAGGCAGCAGGACCGAAUUCCCCCGAAGCUCUCGUCCCCUAGAGAAGCAAAGAGCCCCCAAACUACUUUCACCAUUAAGAGGAAAGCGAUGGAGGAGCUGAGCGCUGAUGAGAUCCGUCGAAGGCGCCUUGCUCGGCUUGCAGGUGGACCAUCUUCCCAGCCCACCACCCCUCUUACCUCUCCACAAAGAGAGAACCCACCCGGACCACCUGUAGUAGUGCCAGCCCCAGGUCCAUCCCCCAGUUUUGGCCUGAAUGUCCAUAGUAUGACCCCAGCUACCUCUCCAAUUGGUGCAUCAGGAGUAGCCCACCGAAGCCAGAGCAGUGAAGGAGUGAGUUCGCUCAGCAGUUCCCCAUCUAACAGCCUUGAAACACAAUCUCAGUCUCUCUCCCGGUCCCAGAGCAUGGAUAUUGAUAGUGUCACCUGUGAGAAAAGUAUGUCCCAGGUGGAUGUAGAUUCAGGAAUAGAGAACAUGGAGGUCGAUGAGAAUGAUCGCAGAGAGAAAAGGAGCCUGAUUGAUAAGGAGCCUCCAUCAGGAUCGGAAGUAUCUGAGGAGCAGGCCUUACAGCUGGUCUGUAAGAUCUUCAGAGUAUCCUGGAAGGACCGAGACAGAGACGUCAUCUUCCUCACUUCGUUCUCUGAGCAAUUUAAGCAGAACCCAAAAGAAGUGUUCUCAGAUUUUAAGGACUUGAUUGGCCAGAUUUUAAUGGAAGUUCUGAUGAUGUCCACCCAGUCGAGGGACGAAAACCCAUUUGCCAGCCUGACAGCCACAUCCCAGCCAAUUGCAGCAGCUGCCCGGUCACCUGACAGAAAUCUGAUUCUAAACACUGGCUCCAACCCAGGAACAAGUCCUAUAUUCUGUAAUGUGGGCUCCUUUGGUUCCAGCUCCUUAUCCAGUCUCUAUGGGACUAGUCCAGCUUCUAGUUACAAUUUCUCAAGCCACGUGCCAAUGACUGGUUCAUCUGUUACCCCACCAGCCAGUUCACUUGCCACCACAUCUGUGCCUUCCAUUUCUGUCAGCCCUCAUCUCACAGCAGCAAGUCCUUCUGGAGUCCAGCCAUCCUCUCCGAGGUACCACCCGUAUACCAUCACCCACCCCUGGGGCUUUUCAGCUUCUCAUAUCCCACGCUCCUUGAGUAUCUCCAUCCCAGCUAGCUCACCAAGUCCUCCAGUCAUGGCUACCAGUCCUCAAGCUGUGCCACUCAGCUCGUCCAGACAGAGGUCCACAACAGUGGGUCCACCUUUGUCCACUGCUUUGCCCGGUACCUUGAGCAGGCGUUCUUCUUUCCUAAACAGGAUUCCUUCUAGUGUGGGAGGCUCUGCUGGAGCAAGUGCUUGUGAUUCCUGCAGUGACCAUUUCAGCAUUGAAACUUGUAAGGAGACAGAGAUGCUGAACUACCUCAUUGAGUGUUUUGACAGAGUUGGAAUAGAGGAGAGAAAAGCACCAAAGAUGUGUAGCCAGCUAGCGGUUAGCCAGUUACUGAGCAACAUCCGAUCACAGUGCAUUUCCCAUGCUGCUUUGGUACUACAGGGAUCCUUAACACAACCAAGGUCUUUGCAGCAGCAGUCUUUGUUGGUACCAUACAUGCUGUGUAGGAAUCUUCCAUUUGGCUUCAUCCAAGAAUUGGUGAGAACAACUCACCAGGAUGAAGAGAUGUUUAAACAGAUCUUUAUCCCUAUCUUACAAGGCCUGGCUCUUGCUUCCAAAGAGUGCUCCCUUGAUAGUGACAAUUUUAAAUAUCCCCUUAUGGCAUUAGGUGAACUGUGUGAAAUCAAGUUUGGGAAAACGCACCCUAUAUGCAGUUUGGUUGUUUCUUUGCCCUUGUGGUUGCCUAAACCUGUAAGCCCAGGUGCAGGACGAGAGUUGCAAAGACUUUCUUAUCUUGGAGCUUUCUUCAGUCUCUCUGUCUUUGCUGAAGAUGAUACUAAAGUGGUUGAAAAAUAUUUCUCAGGGCCUGCCAUUACUCUUGAAAACACGCGGGUUGUUAGCCAGUCAUUGCAGCAUUACCUGGAAUCUGCAAGGCAAGAACUGUUUAAGAUUCUACAUAGUAUUUUGCUGAAUGGUGAAACUCGAGAGGCAGCUCUCAGUUACAUGGCAGCUGUUGUUGAUGCCAACAUGAAGAAGGCACAGAUGCAGACUGAUGAUCGGAUGGUGUCUACGGACGGUUUUAUGCUCAACUUCCUGUGGGUGCUGCAGCAGCUUAGCACGAAGAUAAAGCUAGAAACAGUUGAUCCCACCUAUAUAUUCCACCCCAGGUGUCGCAUCACCGUCCCAAUGGAUGAGACAAGAGUAAAAGCAACAAUGGAGGAUGUUACAGGCUGGAUGGCUGAGCUUUACAGGGAUCAGUCUCCAUGUUCUGAACCGAAAUUCCCAACAGAAUGCUUCUUCCUAACCUUGCAUGCCCAUCACCUCUCCAUCCUGCCAAGCUGCCGCCGCUAUAUCCGUAGACUGCGGGCCAUCAGGGAGCUCAACAGGACUGUGGAAGAUUUGAAAAACAAUGAAAGUCAAUGGAAGGAGUCUCCUCUAGCUACCAGACAUCGAGAAAUGCUAAAACGCUGUAAAACACAACUUAAGAAACUGGUGCGGUGCAAGGCUUGUGCAGAUGCUGGUUUGCUAGAUGAGAACUUCCUGAGGCGGUGUCUGAAUUUUUAUGGUAUGGUGAUUCAGCUGUUGCUUCGAAUCCUCGACCCUGCCUACCCCAACAUAAUACUGCCUUUAAAUCCUGAUGUCCCGAAGAUGUUUGCAGCACUGCCUGAGUUUUAUGUGGAAGAUGUUGCUGAAUUUUUAUUUUUUAUUGUACAAUACUCUCCGCAGGUGCUUUAUGAGCCCUGCACUCAGGACAUUGUGAUGUUCCUUGUUGUGAUGCUGUGCAACCAGAACUACAUCCGAAACCCGUAUCUGGUAGCAAAGCUGGUGGAGGUGAUGUUCAUGACCAACCCAGCUGUUCAGCCACGGACACAGAAGUUCUUCGAAAUGAUUGAGAAUCAUCCUCUCUCCACGAAAUUGUUAGUUCCCUCGCUGAUGAAGUUUUAUACAGAUGUUGAGCACACUGGAGCCACCAGCGAGUUCUAUGACAAAUUUACAAUCCGCUACCAUAUCAGCACCAUUUUCAAAAGCCUUUGGCAGAACAUAGCUCAUCAUGGCACCUUCAUGGAAGAGUUCAACUCUGGGAAGCAGUUUGUUCGCUAUAUCAACAUGCUGAUAAACGACACCACUUUCUUGCUGGACGAGAGUCUGGAGUCCCUAAAACGGAUCCAUGAAGUUCAAGAGGAGAUGAAGAACAAAGAACAGUGGGACCUGCUGCCUAGGGACCAGCAACAGGCUCGGCAGUCUCAGCUUGCUCAGGAUGAGCGUGUGUCUCGCUCGUAUCUUGCCCUGGCAACAGAAACUGUUGAUAUGUUCCAUAUCCUUACCAAGCAGGUUCAGAAGCCUUUCCUCAGACCUGAACUUGGUCCACGAUUGGCUGCUAUGCUGAACUUUAACCUUCAGCAAUUGUGUGGCCCCAAGUGUCGUGACCUGAAAGUUGAAAACCCUGAAAAAUAUGGGUUUGAACCAAAGAAGCUGUUGGACCAACUGACUGAUAUUUACCUGCAGUUAGAUUGUGCUCGCUUCGCUAAAGCAAUUGCCGACGACCAGAGGUCCUACAGCAAAGAGCUAUUUGAGGAGGUUAUUUCAAAGAUGAGGAAGGCUGGAAUCAAGUCCACGAUAGCAAUAGAAAAAUUCAAACUGCUGGCAGAGAAAGUGGAGGAAAUUGUUGCCAAGAAUGCCCGUGCAGAAAUCGAUUAUAGCGAUGCGCCAGAUGAAUUCAGAGAUCCACUCAUGGACACUCUUAUGACCGACCCUGUGAGGCUGCCGUCUGGAACGAUCAUGGACAGAUCAAUCAUCCUGCGACACCUGCUGAACUCCUCCACUGACCCCUUCAAUCGGCAGACACUGACAGAAAACAUGCUAGAACCAGUGCCAGAACUGAAAGAGCAAAUCCAAGCCUGGAUGAGAGACAAGCAGAACACUGAUCAUUAAAAACUCCCUUGCAGUGCAUGCCAAGGCCAAUGAGAAGAGCAGGGCAUGGAUUGAUGCAGUGAUGAUGGUGCAUAUAAUCCAUUGGAAGCUGAAGACGGAAUUAACGUUCAGGGUGCCCACCACCACUGACUUGUAAUAAUGACCAGAAGCAUGUGGACGAGAAGAAAAGCAGCUUAAUUCUUGUACAUAUAUUUAAAUGGUAACAAUGGUCAAUAGUGUGGAGGACAAAUUAGGAAGUUUCUAAUGUUACAAAACAAAGUCCUUCAAUAUGUCACGAUUUGGGGGUUUUACAGCUGAAUUAUUUUAGCAAAAAUGAAUGGAUCAGGGCAGCAUCCCUUCAACUUUAUUUUUUACAGCCAGAUAUUCAUUAAUUUGAUUGUGGUUAGAACCUUGGACACUUUGCUGCUAAAAUAACAUUUUUCCCUCCCGUUUCCCCCCAAAACCUGCACUGCUGUCUUUUUUUUUUUUUUUUUU